GGGGAGGUGCGGCCCGGGCCAAUAGCGAGCGCUGUGGGCUUUGCCGCUGCACCAGGAGGCGGCGCUAUUUCAAAGGGACAGCAAGAGCUUGAGCUUCUGGAGAUAGGAAGACUGAGGGAGCUGAAAUACACGUUGAUUCCCAAAUCCCUGUUAAACACUGUGACCGGUGCAUCAUGUCUGACAGAAAGGCUGUUAUCAAGAAUGCUGACAUGUCUGAAGACAUGCAGCAAGAUGCUGUUGACUGUGCCACCCAGGCAAUGGAGAAGUAUAAUAUUGAGAAAGACAUUGCUGCCUAUAUCAAGAAGGAAUUUGAUAAGAAAUACAAUCCAACUUGGCACUGCAUCGUUGGCAGAAACUUUGGCAGCUACGUAACACAUGAAACAAAGCACUUCAUCUACUUUUAUUUGGGCCAAGUUGCAAUUCUCCUCUUUAAGUCUGGCUAGGAGAAGGAGAAUAUUCCAUGGUGGACUGUAAUGCACUGAUGGCUGAAGCCAGGAUCCUGUCUAAUAUGGCUGUGCAGCUGCAUGGACUGUAUAUUAUAUUUAAUGUGUAUAUGUUGCAGUAAAAAUUGACUUCUGUUUAGUUGCCUGGAGAGAAGGCGGCUUUAUUUUGUUACUGCUUUUUUUUCUUCCCUCCUUCCCCCCCCCCCCCUGUUUUUUUGUUGUUAUGCACUUGGGGAAAAUGUAAAUGCUUUCUAAUGGCCUUUAAGUGGGAAGAAAACAAAUAAACUAUUCUACAUCAAAUCAGAUGGUAAUAGCUUUCUUUGGGGGAAGGGGAAUGUCACAUAUCUAUGUAUAAGUGUCACUUAAAGCAAUACUGACAUGUUCCUAUAAAAUCAUAGGAACUUGUCAGUAUCAAGUAGUUGCUGCACUCAGAAUAGUUCCCCUGAAAGCCGCCCCCAGCCCUGCGAACUUUGGUGCAGUAGACCGGCUGACGCCACUAACAGGUCUUCCGUAUUGCUUCAGUGACGCUGGGCUGGAACGAUCCUUCCAUAGGCUGAAGUCUUAUUUUCAUUCAUAAUUGGCCUAUGGAAGGAUUUCGCCGUCCCCAGCCCAGCGUCAUGGAAGCAGCACAGAUCAUCUUUUAGCAGUGUCGGAUAAGUGUAGGUUUGCGGGGCGGCUUUGAGGGGAACUAUUCUGAGUGCAUCAAUUACUUGAUACUGACACCUUCCUAUGAUUUUUAUAGUAACGUGUCCGUAACGCUUUAAGCAGAUAACAGGUAGAUCUAUGAAUAGAGGAACAUACUGUGACAAAUCCGGUAUAAUCUGCUUGUUCACUGUAAUCUGUCCUUGGCAGUUGAUUUAUCCAUUAAGUAGUCCACAAGUCCUUAAAAUCUUUGUCAGCCUGUGUUUCAGACAAAGCUAAAGGUAGAGACUUUUCAGUACUGAAUUGUUUAAGAAGUUUGCCAAACUGGAGAAUAUAUACAUGUGCCUAAUAGCUUCAUUAAAGGAGAAGGAAAACCCAACCAUCAUCUUCCCUGAAUAGGUCUCCUAGAGUGGUGUUCGAGUGCUAAAUUUACAGCUCACCUAAGUCUACAAUCAAGGAGCUUUUCAUGUCUCCUAAACACAGCUGCUUUAUCAGAACCCCACCAUAUUGAUUAAGUAAUAACCGAUUCCUUCUCCUCAUGAUCGCUAAUGAGCAUGUGCAAAAUACCCACGUCAUUGUUGACGUCACAUCUCAAAUUUAGAAUGCCGUACGUCGUCAGAGAAGGGAGGAACGAAGCGGCAUCGAUACUAAUUGAACGUAAUGUGACUCAAGGCUGCCACUGGCAGGAAGCACAGUGCAAAAUUCUUACUUUCUGGGCAGCGCUAGCUAUCUACUACUAGUGACCAGGGACAACAGAUUAACUCCAUGCAGUUAAUCUGACAAUUAUCUUACUGAUAGUAAUUUAUUUUUUCACGUUCAUCGUCCUUUAAGAUUUGGGCUGUGGAUGAUUAGUCUAAAUGAAAUCUAGACAGAUUGUCAUGGUGGGGGGGAUGCAAAAAGGCAUUUAGCUGAGAAUUUAGCACAGCUGUGUUAUGGGAUUUUUUUUUUUUUUUAAGAAAAGCCUGAAAGCAUGCAGCGGUGUUCACAAAGGCUAAAUUAGGGGGUGAUGGUCUAAAGUUUGCUAAUUAUCUAGUAACCCAUAGCAACCACAUCAGCAGGCUACAUUUUACUGGUUUGAAUUUUCAAAUCACAUCUAUUUGGGUUAAAAGAUAUGGUCAAACUCCUGCACCUUUACAUUUUCCUGUAAAUUUGUAAACCAAGCACUUAAUGGGACAGACUACCUACAUGAAGUAGUGCACAAAUUUGAACAAAUAAAUGCAGCUAGAGCCUUUUUCUCACUCCAUCCUUAAGACGAUUUAUGUCAGUCCUUGCACAUAUUCAUCACUUGCAAGUCAAACAAGCAUCAAAAGCCACGAACUUGGCCCGAGGGUGCCCAGAUAAGUUUGAAAGAAUAUGGGGCCCAUGCCUCCAUGUUAGUCUGAUAGAGCGCCCCAGGUAGAGAUGUGAAUACCCGAUCUUUCAACUGUGGUAACAGGAUAGGAUGAUACUUACUGUAUACUAUUGCAUGUUUGUAAGCUGUUGUAUAAACCUGCUCAACCGUGUAUCCACCUUGGCGAAUACCCAUUGAAGGGCCACUGGAGACACCACAUGUUAAUAUGUACUUACAACUGUGAGCCAUGUUUGUUUGUUUGUUUUAAUUGUUUCAUUUUUCCUCUGUUUCUUUAUUUUGUUACAUGCUUCCCCAUUCCCUUUCCCUUAAAACAAAAAUAAAGAUAAAAAAAAAAGCAAUAAAGCAAAACUAUUUAACUCA